AGAAGCAGGAUCACGAGGCGGGACUGAGCUGUCACCUCCCGCCUGCCUGGCCAGAGAGAGAGAGAGGGCCAGAACAUCAGGGAAGACCAGAUGAGCCAGCACCAGUGGGCCUGCCCCGGAUUCAAGAAGCUGUGAAUUUCGUACAGUCACCCACCGGCAUGAGAAGAUCGCGUGUUCUUUAAGCAGAGUUAUGAAAAGAAAGAAGCUGGGCAGCAGACUAAAACGGGAAUUGUCUUUUCCAAGAUCCAGAGCUCCAACAUUCCUUGGCGUAACAGAGAGAAGCACCUGGGAAAAUGUGGGCAAGGAAUCUUAUGGCAAGGGCCUUAUACGACAAUGUCCCAGAGUGUGCUGAGGAAUUGGCCUUUCGCAAGGGAGAUAUCCUGACUGUCAUAGAGCAGAACACAGGAGGACUGGAAGGAUGGUGGCUCUGCUCCUUACAUGGUCGACAAGGCAUCGUCCCAGGCAACCGGGUGAAGCUUCUGAUUGGCCCCAUUCAAGAGACCCCCUCCGGUCAGGACCAGCCUACUUCAGGACUAAUGCAUCAGACCUUUGGCCAACAGAAGCUCUAUCAAGUGCCAAACCCACACGGUGCCCCUCGAGAUACGAUCUACCAAGUUCCACCUUCCUACCAACAUCAGGGAAUUUACCAGGUCCCCACUAGCCAUGGUAUCCAGGAACAAGACGUGUAUCAAGUACCACCAUCAGUGCAGAGAAGCAUUGGGGCGGCUAAUGGUCCCCACUUAAGCAAAAAGGUGGUAACCCCAGUGAGGACAGGCCAGGGCUAUGUGUACGAGUACCCGUCCAGACACCAAAAGGACAUCUACGACAUCCCUCCUUCCCACACCACUCAAGGGGUGUAUGACAUCCCUCCGUCAUCUGUGAAAGUCCCUGUGUUCUCACUGCCAGUGGGAGAGAUAAAACCUCAAGGCGUCUAUGACAUCCCUCCUACUAAAGGGUUAUAUGCCAUUCCACCCUCUGCUUGCCGAGAUGAAGCAGGGCUUCGGGAAAAAGAGUAUGAUUUCCCCCCUCCAAUGAGACAAGCUGGGAGGCUGGACGUCAGGCCCGAGGGCGUUUAUGACAUCCCCCCAACCAGCACCAAGCCCACUGGGAAGGACCUUCACAUAAAAUAUAACUGUGAUGCUCCGGGGGCCGCCGAACUGGCCACACGAAGACACCAAAGCGUCUUGCUGAACCACGCGCCCUCACAGCUGGGACAGUCACCGGGCACCCAGAACGAUGCCUACGAUGUCCCCCGAGGGGUUCAGUUUCUGGAGCCGCCAGCAGAAACCAGUGAGAAAGCAAACCCUGAAGAAAGAGACGGCGUCUACGAUGUCCCUCUGCACAACCCACCCGAUGCCAAAGGCUCUCAGGACGUGGUGGAUGGUAUGAACCGGUUAUCUUUCUCCAGCACGGGCAGCACCAGGAGCAACAUGUCCACAUCCUCCACCACCUCCAAGGAAUCUUCGGUGUCCGCCUCCCCAUCUCAGGACAAAAGGCUCCUACUGGACCCAGACACAGCCAUUGAGAGACUUCACCGGCUGCAGCAGACCUUGGAGGUGGGCGUCUCCAGCCUCAUGGCCCUGGUCACCACGGACUGGCGGUGUUACGGAUACAUGGACCGUCACAUCAACGAGAUCCGCAGCUCGGUGGACAAGGUGGAGCUGUUCGUGAGGGACUACCUCCAUUUCGCCAGGGGGGCCGUGGCAAAUGCUUCCUGCCUCCCCGAACUCACCCUCCACAACAAAAUGAAGCGGGAGCUCCAAAGAGUGGAAGACUCCCACCAGAUUCUGAGCCAGACCAGCCACGACUUAAAUGAGUGCAGCUGGUCCCUGAAUAUUCUGGCCGUCAACAAGCCCCAGAACAAGUGUGAUGACCUGGACCGGUUUGUGAUGGUGGCAAAGACAGUGCCCGAUGACGCCAAGCAGCUCACCACGACCAUCAAUACCAACGCCGAGGCCCUCUUUAGACCAGGCCCUGGCAGCUCGCAUGUGAAGAGUGGGUCUGAGAACAUCAUGAACUCCACGGAGUACCCACACGCUGCAUCCCAGAUGCCUCUGCUGCAUCCUGGGGACCACAAGGCUCAAGGCCUCAACAAGCCCCUGCCCCCAAGCCUGGGUAAGGACCAGCCUCCUGACUGCAGCAGCAGCGAUGGCUCUGAAAGGAGCUGGAUGGAUGAUUAUGACUACGUCCACCUACAGGGUAAGGAGGAGUUUGAAAGGCAACAGAAGGAGCUGUUGGAAAAGGAGAAUAUCAUCAAACAGAAUAAGCUGCAGCUGGAGCAUCAUCAGCUAAGUCAGUUCCAGUUGUUGGAACAAGAAAUCACCAAGCCCGUGGAGAAUGACAUCUCAAAGUGGAAGCCCUCUCAGAGCCUCCCGACCACCAACAGCAGCGUGGGCGCUCAGGAUAGGCAGCUGCUCUGCUUCUACUACGACCAGUGCGAGACCCAUUACAUCUCCCUCCUCAACGCCAUCGACGCCCUCUUCAGCUGUGUCAGCUCAGCGCAGCCCCCGCGCAUCUUCGUGGCCCACAGCAAGUUUGUCAUCCUGAGCGCACACAAACUGGUGUUCAUUGGGGACACGCUGACGCGGCAGGUGGCUGCCCAGGACAUUCGCAACAAAGUGAUGAACUCCAGCAACCAGCUCUGCGAGCAGCUCAAGACUAUAGUGAUGGCAACCAAGAUGGCGGCCCUCCAUUACCCCAGCACCACGGCCCUGCAGGAGAUGGUGCACCAAGUGACAGACCUGUCCAGGAAUGCCCAGCUCUUCAAGCGCUCUUUGCUGGAGAUGGCAACCUUCUGAGGGGAGGAGGAGAAAAGGGGGACUGAGUGCGCUACUAAGGAAAACUGGAAAUGCUAUCUGGUUUUUGUACAUGUUAUCUAUUUUUGUAGAUAAUUUUAUAUGAAAAUGAAAUAUUUUAACAUUUUAUGGGUUAGACAACAUUCAGAAAUUCAGGGAGCUAGAGGGGGAAUUUUUUUUUCCUGUGUGGUUCUUACAUAAACACAUCUAAGGCAUAAACUGUACAGAAACUUGUCCACGUGCGUGUGUAUGCCUGUGUAUUCAUGUUCGUUUGUAGAUGUUUGUCCGAUACAUUCCAUUAGAAAACAUGAAUGAAGAAGCACCUUAGUAAGCACGUCCUAAUGCUGCAUCUUUUUUUUUUUUAGGAAACAUACCAGCUAGUUGUAAUAUUGCUCUACAUAUACUAGCAAUUAUUCUGAGCCUGUCACUUCCAAGUCUGGGAAGCACAGUAUACAUAUCAGUGUUCACCUUCCAAUAGUAAGGCAUAGUAUGAACUUGCUUUUGUUCUGAAACCUGUUUCAAAAUUGACCAUGUGGGCCCAUUGUGGCAAAAUGCUUCACUUCUGAUUGAAAAAGCCCUUUUAUAAAAGAAGUUUCAGGAAGUAUAUGUUAACCCAAAUGCUGAUAUAGGCAGAGAUCAUAUCCCUAGGUAGGGCCGGGUUGUUUCAACACAGAGAAGACAUUGCACUAGAAGGAGUUCACAUGGUUCCCCAGGACUUUUUGAUGGCAUUUAUGAGACACUUGGCCGAGAGGUUUUCUAAAGGGUGUUUCAAGAUUUGCAAAAACCAUAUUACUGGGCAGCCCUGGUGGUGCAGCGGUUUGGCGCCGCCUGCAGCCUCGGGUGUGAUCCUGGAGACCCAUGUCGGGCUCCCUGCAUGGUGCCUGCUUCUCCCUCUGCCUGUGUCUCUGCCUCUCAAUCUCUCUCUCUCUGAAUAAAAUAAGUAAAUCUUAAAAAAAAAAAAAAACCAUAUUACUUGCAGCAGGAAUUCAUAAAGGCAUCAGACUAUGAUUGUCCAUAAAAAGAAGGGAUGGUUGCAUCUGCCAGUUGUAAACAGAGGCCCUUCUGACUCCCAACAUUCACUUCAGUGCUAUUACCUCCAUUACCUUAGAAAAAUCAGCCAGUUCCUUGGUCACUUAAAGGUUAGAGCCACCAGGCCACAUCCUAUUUCAAAGGGAGUCAUUGCCUGAUCAUGCACCCUCCUUAAAACAUGCAGCUGCUGACCUGACACUCAGCCCAUCCAGUCUUUAUAAUUCUCUCUGGCCCAUGACCCUGUGUACACAGCCCACCACCAUCUUAUAGUUCAUCACAGCCCCCAUUCCAAGUGUGUCUCUUACACUGCGGAUGUUGACACAGCACAGACGCACCCAGAAGCUGUUAGAUUCGUUUUGGGGGCAAAUGAAAUACUUCCUACCUAGUGGGUUAAUGUAUCCACAUAUUAUCAAGUCAGGAAGCAUGUUCUCUACAGACUUUCAGUCCAGUUGUUUUUUAAUGGUUUUAGCCUAGCCUAUUUGAAAACAUUUUUAUUUGCAAUAUAUUCCCUGACUUAAUCAAGCUUGCUUUAAACAACCAAACCAUUGGAACAGGAAAGGAUUUAAGAGAGAAGAACAUGUGAUCUAAGUGUGAGAAAAAAAAUCACAGAAGGUGCUUUUUGGAACAAUUGUUAUUGUUCUCCGAGUUCUGCUCUGUCAAAAGAUGAUUAAAAGUUGUAUUGUUAUAUGACAAGUAAGCAUGGGGGGAGAAAGGAGAUUGCUGAAAACCAGCUAAGCAGGAGUUGAAAGGUGUCCCUAUAGGGCUCAUUGUAUAACGUGUGUUUCUUAGGUGAUGACAGACUUGUUCUAAGCUAAGUGGUGACAUUUCACGCUUUCAAAACCAAAACGUUCAAUCUGUAUUAUUCUCUUUCCCAUGUUGUAUAUAAAGGAUAUUUUUAAAUCAUUAAAUUUUUAGAUCUCGA